UUGUUUAGAACGAAAAAAAAAAACGGUGGAGAUACUCGUACACACAAAGUCGUUAUGUAAGAUUGAGGGAUUCCGUCUUGAGCAUGGUUUGCAAAUAGGUAACUAAUUCCCAACAGCCCAUUUUUGCUAGCAGGCUAACUGGGCUUCUGGAAACGCGUUCAAUGGUUAUCCUUUUUUUUUCAGGCGUGAAUUAGCCUAGUUCGCUAGCUAUAAAUAUUGAACAACUCGUAGCUACGAGCCCGCUGCAUGUUCAGUUAUAUUAAAUGUAUAUAGAAAGUAGAGGACAUCAGUGAGUGCUAUGAAUUAAAUUAAUUUACUAACGUUUCCGACCUGGAUCACCGCGUCGAAUGUAGCAACAAAGAAUAAUCGCGUUUACGAGCGUUGUUCUAGAACAAAUCACUGAGUAUUGUUCCAAGCAAAGGCUAUGACUGAAAUGAAAAAAGUAGCCUACAUUUUCACAGAGCGUUAACUAGCUGACUUCAGCCUAUUGAUUCUUUCAUUGAUGUUCAAGGUCUUCUAGCUAUAAUACUCAAGUUCAAUCUGUCUUUUCAGUUGCUUCACCGGGUAACCAGGCGUCGCGUAAACAGAAGCUAACAAGCUAGUUGGCUACCAAAGUGGGCAGUUGAGAAAGGAAUGAGCCUGUGGUGUCUUUUAUGGAGUUAGAUAAUUAGCAAAGUACGUGAAUUGAAUCAGUAUAAAAUAAAUUGUUUUCAAUUCAACGAAUCGAUCUCCUGUGGUACAAAAUAGCACCUUGAUUUCUGCAGCAUAUUAAUACGACUAAUUUCUUCUUAAUAAGCUGUACAUAUAACUAGUUUAGCCUGCCAAACUGUUGUUAAGGGCGUAUACAUAUCAUCCCAGCUGAAUUAUUCGUCAGCGUAUCGUGUUGUAAGAUCUUCAAGAGAGAGGCGUGACGGGAGUUGUGAAAUACUCCUACUGCUGGGAAGACUAAAUUCAGACAUGCAGCCGCGUGUAAAGGAGCAUAGUAACAAGACAACGUAAAAGUUAAUCGCGAGUCCCGAACAAAGUUUCACAAGUUUCAGAUCCGUUGCGGCUUUUGUCCGGAGACUUUUCUUAGUUUAAGUCACUGAACUCGUUGUCAGUCGAAAUGGCUUUGGCGGACCAAAGCCAGCAGUGGUACCCUACCAGUGUACAGGUAACGGUGUUCCAGGCUCGGAAUCUUAGAAUCAAGGGUAAGAAUGGAACCAACGACGCGUAUGCCAUCAUGCAGGUGGCCAAAGAUAAGUUCUCCACCUCGGUGGCAGAGAAGUGCGUUGCCCCGGUGUGGAAGGAAGAGGCCACGUUCGACCUGCCGCUCUUCCACCACGGCAACGCGGAGCGGUGCACCCUCUACAUUAUAGUAAUGCACCGAGCCUUAGUGGGAUUGGACAAGCUUCUGGGACAGGCGGUCAUCAACCUGGUGGAACUCCACGAGAAGAAGUCUCGCAAUAAGACUGAGUGGUUCAAGCUGCUCGACAAGAACGGGAAGGCGGACAAAGACAGGGGGGAGGUGCUCCUGGACAUCCAGUUCAUGCGGAACAACAUGACGGCCAGCAUGUUCGACCUCUCCUUUCAGGACAAGCCCCGCUCCCGCAUCGGCAAGCUGAAGGACAAGAUCCGCGGCAAGAAGAAGGACGGCUUCUCCGACUCGGCCUCGGCCAUCGUGCCCUCGACCACCCAGGUGAUGACGGACAGCGAGGGCGAAGGGGACGCCCACGCCGAUUCCCCCGGGGUCAAGAAGAAGUCCAAGAUGAAGACCCUCUUCGCCCCCAAGUCCAACCUGCAGCGCAACGUCUCCCAGUCCAUGUCCACGCUGGGCUCCCUUCCCGAGAAGAACUCGGCCCUCAGCGGCAGCCGUUCCUCUGGCCUCAACAUGGACUCGCCUGAAGUGAAAAAGAAGUUCAAGUUCCUGGCCCACAAGCGCACAGGCAGCACGGACAGCAAGGUGUCCCAGGGUCCCUUCUCCCUCCUGAGCCGCUCCAAGCAGGGCGCCGGCGAGCAGAACAACCUGUGCAUCAACGGCAGCCACGUGUAUGCCGAGGAGCCCGAGCCCAAGAUGACCAAGGCCGGCUCCAGCCUCAGCCUGAACAGCUCCGGCCAGGGCUCCGUGGAGGACCUGCGCAGGGGCCAGGGGAGGCACAACUCGGACGUCUCCGUGGACUCCCUCAAAGGACUGAGCCUGCCCUCCUACAGGGCUGAGGCGCGGGAGAGGGACCUGCUGGAGCAGCGGCGGAAAGAGCAGGAGCAGCAGGAGGAGGAGAACAGGCAGGCGGAGGAGAGGCGCAGGGAGGAGGCCAGGAGGCUGCAGGAGGAGCGCGCUCGGCAGGAGGAGCAGGAGAGGAGGAGGCAAGAGGAGGCCCGGCAGGCAGAGGAGGAGCGCAGACUCCAGGAGGAGACCCGGAGGCAGGAGGUGCUACGACGGCAGGAGGAGGCCAGGAAGGCAGAGGAGCAGAAGCACCAGGAGGAGGCCUCAGUGAGCGACAGGCUCUCCUCCCUGUUCGGCAUCAUCAGGAAGAAGGAGGAGAAGAAGGAGGAGCCGCCGGAGCAGCCUGCCCCUGCCCUGCAGGAGGAGAAGCCCAAAUCCGCUCCUCACAGCCUCUUCAGGGAACACACGGAGGUCCCUCUGCCUCUGGCCUCCACCAACCCUUUCGAGGAGAUCUCGCUGAGCCCGGAACCCCUCAACCCCUUUGAGGAGAAUCCCCCAGAACCGCAGCGGGAGGUUCGCAGCCCCCAUACCCCGUCCACUGGCUUCCCGAGCCGCACAGCUAAGGUGUCUGCCGUCAAGCCCAGACCUCACCCAGUGAAGCCCCUGAGCUCCCUCGAGAGCCAGACCCCCACCAGCAUAUCGUCUGGCCGAGACAUCAAGUCCUCUGUGAUCCACGAGAACGUGCCUUUGAGGAUGAAGGUGACCAGCUCCGUGGAGAGCGGACCCUACUCCCAGCUGACCCAGGAUGAGCUGAUCUCUCUGGUGGUGAAGCAACAGGCAGAGCUCUCCAAGAAGGACGGCAAAAUCUUGGAGCUGGAGGAGUACAUCGACAACCUUCUGGUGCGCGUCAUCGAGGAGAAGCCGAGCAUCCUGCUGUCCAUGGCUUCCACCAAGAAGGCCUGCUAGACUCCACGCAGGAGGUGGAGAGUGAGACCACAGCUUCCAUUAUAGGUUUACGGCGUAGUCGUGCGAUUCUCCUUUGUGUGUAGGGAGAUGAAAUAACCUGUUGGAAGGUUUGUGACCAUCUCUUUUUCCUGCUGCAGUUUUAAACUAGAGCAUGUGCACUUUCUUUCUAAAAUGGGGAGUUUGGCUUCACUGACUCUAAACGGUGAUGAAAGGAAGGAAAUAUUGUAGCUCUGGUGAAGUUAUCCGCAGCAUUUGCUAUCCAGAAAUUAAAUUGGUCAACUGCAGUGCAAAUAUGUCACAUGUACAAUACCUCUGGAAUUCUGCACUAAAUUGUUGACAAAGCAAGUGAUUCCCAGUACUACUUUUAAUAUGCUGAAGUGUAACUUUUUUCCACACUAAACUUGAAGGUGCAUGGGAUUUCUUUUUAUCAUGGUUCCACAGUAUGUUAUGGUUGUGAUGAGUGCUUUUUCUCUUCCACAGGUACAGUGUAUAUGGUGAAUUUGAAUACUGAAUGAAUAUAUCCUUGAAAUGUUAAAUGUAAUAGAAUAUAUGGUAUAAAGUAGGCAUACUGAUGACAUGCAAUUUCAUUACUUUGAGCACAAUUCUUCAACCUUUAUAAAGUAGACUUUAUGAAGACUUUAUAAAGAGACUUUAUUUAUGAAGUCUCUUUCAUACUGUGUAUUUGAAUUAAUUAUUGAUCCUGGUUACUGGGUGGUGGUUUGACUCUUAUGACUUUGAAGAUGAAUGCAUAUUAGAACUGAAAGGAACUGGACACCUUUGCAGUGAGCCAGUGAAGACAAUGUGCAUCAGCCUUAAUAGACUAUUUCACAUAUGUGCAUGGACUGGCCAACCUAUCAGACACUGAACCUUCUUGUACUGGCCAAUAAUUGUGAGUUGUCAUUUCCCUCACUGCAUGAUUCCAAGAGGAAUCUGUAUCCUUGAAUCCCCCUUACAUUAAUGCCUUCCAUUUGCACAGGUUCAGUACCUCAUUACUGCAUUCAAAGCUGGUUACAGAGGAGUGAGCUCAUUAACUUUAAUCUCUUGGGUUUAUAGUUCAGACAUUCAUAGUUGUUUAUUUCUGUGGUGUGUGAUUACCUAUAUGCUGCUUAAUUAUAGCUCUGUAUCCAACAGAAUCACACAUUGUUGAGCAAGCAAUACCAAAUAAAAUGUAUGAAGACAAGGGUGGUAUUUUCACGAAGGCAUUGUCAGUGUCUGAACUCAGAAUAGUUAAUUCCAUUUAAUCGUGUAUCAGAUAAUUUCGAAAGACCUAUGACUGUCUAUUUUUGCCUUUCUAAUGAGCAUCUACUUCGAUCUAUGUAGGGAUGUCUGUCACAACUCCCAUGGAAGUUGCAUGUUAUACUCUUUUUGCAAUGUAGUCUGAUAUGCCUUCACUAUAUACUGAAAAAAUAGUCCAGAAAGGAACUUACCAUAUAAGCAAAUGAUCAUUGUGUGUUAUGGUACUGUUUCAGUUGUCAGUAAAUCUGUGAAAUGUUUUUAGAUUUCCAUAGUGAAUGAAGUUUUAGUAGAAAACCCUGUGGGGAUGAUGUAAGUGAAUUUGCUGAGAACUGCUUUCAUUUUGUAUUUGGCAACAAGAACUACUUGUGAAUAAUUUUGUAUAUCUAGAUUAAUCAAUGUGGUUGUGCCUUUUGUAAUGGGGAACACCAUAAGCAAUACAAUGAUUGACAAUCACCCAAGACAUUAUCCUUAAUUACCCUUAAAUUAAUUGUGCCUUGCUUUGAAGAAUUUUUGCCUAUUUGUUUCUCUUGAACAGUACAGUCAGGGCUGGUAAAAGACCUGAUAUAUCUAGUUUGCUCAUAUCCAGAUGAUUUCACAAACACUUGCAUCUCAGUCUAUUGAAAGAAAGGGUAUAUUUCACUUAUACUUCAUACAAUAUUGUGUUGUAUUUAUCCAGUUGAAUGUUGGGGUAAUUUCGUCCCUUGUUGCACUUGAUGGUGUUUUCCUUUAAUUUUUUUAC